AUGGCGUUCCUGUUGAAAACAAUUGCCUGCGUAACUUUGCUCUCGCUGGUGGCGGCCCAGUACGGCGAGGACGAUCACUAUCACCACGAGGAGGCAGAGGAAGAGUCGCAUGGUGGCGUUGGAUUUUCUUAUGCCAAAUUUAGCGGUCCGGUAAGCGGUCCGGCACAUGAGGUUCUCGUCGAGGACAAGCACGGCCAUGGACACACCGUGGACUAUGUGGCCAAACCGGACUACCAUUUCGAGUACGGAGUCGAGGAUCCCAAGAGCAAGGUUUCGCAGAAUCGCAAGGAGCACCGCCACGAGGACGAAGUGCACGGCGAGUACAGCGUUCAGCAGCCGGAUGGCAAACUGCGAACGGUCAAGUACUCGGCCAACAAGCACACCGGGUUCCACGCUGAAGUGUUGAUCGAUGGAAAACCGCUGCACCAGGAGGAGCUAGCCAAGUUGGCGUACGAGGCGCAAGAGCUUUCGUCCCGGGCUCAUGAGGAGGCAUCCUCGUACGGUGGCUCCGAGGGGCAGACCUACGAGGGCGAGUCAUCCUCGUCCUACGGAGGCGAAGAGGGCGGCGAGGGUUAUUACCGUUGA